AUGACAAACGUUGGAAUUAAACGAAAACUUGAUGAAACAAGUUUCGGGAAUGGUACUACUACCUAUUGUGCCACUCUCUUCACUGGAGGAUUUACAGAUGACCCCACUCUCAUUGAUGAAUGUAUUUUAGUGGAUGAAGACUCCACUUCGCCAAUCACUCCAACACAGAGCCCCUUGAUUUAUUUUGAUCAAGGGAAUACACCACCUAGAGAUUUGAAAAAGAUUAAACAAACAGCAAACAAUGAUCAUGGAAGCCCCUUGCCAACAUCCACCACCACCAUCAACCAAUCCCCUAAAUCCUCAAACUCUAAGAGAAAUUCCACCACCUCUCCUCGAAGACUUCGAAGUUUUGAUUGUAAUUUUAAAGCAACCAAAGGUCUUUAUGCCAAUGUUUCAUUCGUUCUAAAGAACAAUGGUAGCUCCAUAAGCUCAAAGAUGGAAGAGCAAAUUGUAAAUAUUAUCAAUAAUCCAAUUUUGAAGAAUUCAGAAAAUGUCAAGCUCAAUAAUAAUGACAUUUAUCUUGAAAUUAAGGACUUUGCUUCUGACGAAAGCCUCUCUCUUUACAAGGAUUUGAAAGCCAAUCAAUUUUUUGAUUACAUUCCACAAUUUGAAGUAUCAGGAAAGGAUGAACAAUCUAGGUAUAUUUUGUGUUAUUUGAAAGGAAUGUUGGUUAGAAAGAAUGAAAUUGCAGUAGUACCCAUUCCUGGUCAUACUCAUCAAAUUCUAGUUUUUGAUCAUACCAAUGACAAGUCAUAUUCAACUACUCCAUGCAGUCUUGAAGGUUAUUUGCUUGAUGACUUUGAAUUUGAUACAAAAUUAAGUUGUGUCAUUGUCCCAAAAUUUGUAAUGGCUCUCGAUUUAGAUGAAACUUUAAUUAGAACAAGAGCUUUGAAUCCAGGUGAAACAGUUCAGAACAAUCCUUUCGAAUUUGAAUUUACAGUUCAAAAUCAACGAUAUUGUUGUUGUGUAAGACCCGGCACUCAACAACUACUCUCAUGGUGUUGUACUGUGUUUCAAGUUUACAUUUUUACCAACUCAAUUUUCGAAUAUGCGAGAGAAAUUUGCAAGAUACUGGACCCACAAAGACAACAUUUACUUGCACACAUCAAUGUUGAUGACAUUAAUUCUCUCAAGACCAUGUUAAAAUCACGAGAAGAUAUGACUCCUCAUGAAGGCAUUCCAAAACCUUUAGGAAUGAAGGAUUUGAAGAAGUUUAACAUUGACGCUUUUGAAACAGUGAUUUUUGAUGAUGACCAAACCAUUUGGAAGCAACAAGAAUGUGUUUUACCUUUUGCAGACAUUGUUCAACACAGAAAACCACUUGAGUUCUUCACAGCCAUACGAACAGAAACUUGGAAAAAACUUCAAUAUCUUCAUCAGGUAAAGCUUCGAUUAAGGAAAAAGCAUGAAACAUCCACUAUGAAAGGACAACUCGGUACGACAACCUCAAACACCAACUCUAAAAAUGGUAAUUCCUUCAAUUUUGCCAUACCUGAACGAUCUUGCAUUACACUCUCUCAAGAACUUGCAUUGAAUGGAUCAUCAAAAAGUGUGCUUGAUCUUCCUGCCAAUUCCUUAUUUGAGUUGUCAAAUUCUUCAAACAAUAAUAAUAAAUUGAAAAAGUGA